GCCGCCCCAGACAGGUGAUGGGCGUUUCGGCUGCGCUCCGGAUCGACUCCUUGGGUUUCACUUUGGUCUGAUCUAAGCAAAUAUGCAGAAGUACCGGCUGGUCUAGUCCUAAGAGCCAAGAGGAGCGAGCGAGAGCAGCAGAAAAGGGAGAGCGGCCACGCUCCCGUAAUAGCGAGGGGGAACGUUACAAACAGCGGCAGCGCCGUCAUUUCGUCCGCGGCAGCCCCGACCCACCCUGGAUGCGGAGGACCCCCGAGCCACCCCGCUGCCUUUCCCCUGAGGGAUGGUACUGAAUUUCUGCGCGGCAGGAGCCGGCCUGCAGCUCCUCUCCAUCAGCCUCGCCUUCCCUCCGUGUCUAAAGUGCACUAGACCGCGAUGAGGACCUGGGCUUGCGUUUUGCUGAUAGGUUUUGGCUACCUGUCCUUUACCUUCUCCGAGGAGGCCGAGAUCCCGCAGGAGCUCAUCGAGCGGCUGGCGCACAGCGAGAUCCACAGCAUCCGCGACUUGCAGCGCCUCCUGGAGAUUGACUCCGUAGGAUAUGAUGAUGUUUCAGAAACAAACUUGAGAUCUUAUAGUGUUCAUUCUGCUAAACAUGCGCAAGAGAAUCGUCCUGUGCCCAUUCGCAGAAAAAGAAGCAUUGAGGAAGCUAUCCCGGCUGUCUGCAAAACACGGACGGUUAUAUACGAGAUACCUCGGAGUCAGAUUGAUCCCACCUCUGCCAACUUCCUGAUAUGGCCGCCCUGCGUGGAGGUGAAACGUUGCACUGGCUGUUGCAACACCAGCAGUGUGAAAUGCCAGCCAUCGCGGAUACAUCACAGAAGUGUCAAGGUGGCAAAAGUGGAAUAUGUUAGAAAAAAGCCAAAAUUAAAAGAAGUUCUGGUGAGAUUAGAAGAGCAUAUGGAAUGCACCUGUACAUCAUCAAAUACUAAUUCAGAUUAUAGAGAAGAAGAAACUGGCGAGACCGAGGCAUGGAGAAAUGACUGUGCAAGGUCACACAGCAAGGCUAUGGCAGAACCAGGGAUAGGACUCAGAUCUGAGUGCUCAUCCAGUGCCCUAAAUCACACGACCAUCUUCCCUUUCCAAGAAUGAAUCCUUGCACCCUUAGAGCUAAAUACUGAAAAGAUUGAGGCUGCAUUUUUGAGGAGAGAGAGAGAGAGAUGGCUAGGCUUGCAGUAACAUGUUGUGCCGUCAUAAAUGCUACAGCCACCAUCUGUUUCCAGCCCACGACUUGAAAGAAAACUGAGCAGUAAUCUCAUAAUUCACAUGAGCAUUUUACACUUGUGAACCCUUCCCAACCUUUGUCUAAUAAUGAAGGGAGUGCAUGGUGCUAAGGUUUGUAUUUUUCCUGCACGUAUUAGUGUUUAUUUGUAUGUCUCUUUCUGUUUUGUUGGUUUUUUUUUCCACGGGCC